GAGAAGAAAUCUGUGAAUAGGCGAAGAAGAAAAGCAAAAAGCAAAAAGCGAUAAACUUUAGAAAACCUAAUGGGUCGCAAGGGUGCUGCUGCGAAGAAGGAUAAGAAUCUGAAGGCGGAGGAAUCUGAGAAGCGAGGAGGAACGACGGUAGAAAAUCAUCAUGGCGACAAGGAUAAGACGAAGACGAAGACGAAGAAGGAAACUAAAAAGCCAGAAAACCUAAUGGAUCGCGAUCGCGAGGGGGGUGCGGCGAAGGAGGAUAAGAAUGUGAAAGCGGCGGAGAAAAUUGAAAAGCUGAUAGUCUUCUCUCUGGCGGAAGUUGCGGCAAAGAUGGAUCUUUCAGAUCUUAAGGAGUUCCUCGACUAUGGUCGGAGGUUGCCGGACAUGGAUGUAUUGAGAUUUUACUUUUACUUUGAGAAAGCCUUUGCCCAAGUAUCGUUCCCAUGGGUGAAGUUGUUCAAGGAGACUCCUUUGUCCGAACGCAUCGAUUUUCCCUUGUCUCAAAUUCCUACGCCUCUCUACCAAUUAUCAGUCGAUUGGAUCAAACAAGCUCCAAUUGAGCUUCUCUCGCAUAUUGUGUUGUUUUUGUGUGAUCGUAUUCUAGAUCAUUUGGCUCAAGGUGGUGACAAUGUUCGAGCAUCUUAUCGCCCCAGAUCUCAGGCGGGACAUUUUGUUGUAUUGGCUAUGGUAUUGCGCUGUAGACCUGAUUCUUUGAUUGCGGUUUUGCCUUCUCUGAGGGAUAAAGACACGUAUCAAGGACCCGACAAGCUUCCCCUUAUUGUUUGGAUGAUGGCUCAGGCCUCCGUAGGUGAUUUAUCUGCUGGUUUGUAUUCAUGGAUGUGUAACUUGCUACCGCUAGUCAGUAAUGACAAGUGCUGCCCUCAGUCAUCGGAUCUCGUCCUUCAAUUAGCUGAGUUCAUUUUGUCUCGUCCGGACGCUCUCACUAUACUCGUAAAAGGAGGUGGUGUUAUGGAAGGACAGCGUCUGGUUCCACUUCCUUCACUUAAGAUCUUGCUGCGCCUCACAUUCCCUGCUCCAUCUGCACGAGUUGAGGAGAUUACAAAGAGGUUUGAGGCAAUUUAUCCCUCUUUGAAGGAAGUGGCUCUUUCACCAGAGAGGGCAGGAGGAGGAAGAUUUGCCAUGAAAAAUUUAUUCGCGUUUGCCUUGACCUUAACUGGAGAAAAAGGGAAUCCUUCUGUUUUAACCAAGGAAGCUACAUCAAUCGCUAUCAGAUCUCUGACCGAAAACAUCGACUGCUUUGAGCACUGGGACAGGCUUUAUAUGUAUUAUCCAGAAGCUAGUGUUGCGCUUCUUAAGAAGCUUCUGCUUCUUAAGAAGCUUGUAGACGCAUCACCAAGUGACACUCUCACUGUCAAUAAAAUUAUUGAGAGCUUCAGGCGUAAGAACAAAAGAGCCAUCGCUAAAGGAGGAGCCAAUUGUUCUCUUUACAAAGAAGCUGACAAGUACUGCACACUCAUCUCCAAGUACUGCACACUCAUCUCUUGGAGACUCUUUGGGAGACCCACGCUCGUAACAGCUGGAGUAGUUACUGCUGCAUCAGCAGCUGCAUCAUUUGCUGCAGUAGCAGCUGCUAUCUAUUCCCUGUAGCAUAAUUUAGUGUUUCGUUUUUAUUACUAUCUGGCGAAUGCUGGUCCGCCUUAUCGAAGUUGUGCCUUUGUUUAUCUGUUAUAUAUAUAUAUAUAUAUAUAUAUAACUCGUUGUUAUGGUUUUUCAAAACAAUUUGUAUCAAAAACUCUAAAACUAUCAGUUUGAAAUGUUA